AUGGCUAAUGACACGAGCGAAAAAGUCGAUUUACCGACUGUUGCUGAGAUUGAAGCGUCAACGAAUGUCCUGAGCGUGCGAACAAACGCUAUCAAGGUUGUUCGAGUCAAGGAGAAAUUUGCGGUCAAGGUUGGAUUUGCAAUCCCGCCACUAGAGGCAGAGAAUAUGAAAUUCGUCGCAGCGAACAGCAAGGUCGCUGUGCCGAAAGUUCAUGACCACUUUGUCGAUCCAGAAACCCAAAAGAGAUAUAUCAUCAUGGAUUACGUCCCUGGUACCGACCUCGAAAAAUUGCUACCGUCUCUCACAUCGUCUGAAAAGAAGGCCGUCUGCAAGCGUAUAAGAAACGCAAUUGAUGAACUACGGCGUAUCCCAGCACAAGGCUACUUCGGAAACUUGACACACUUGCCAUAUACCGACGGCGUUCUGUCCACGCCAGAUAACAAUCCAAUGGUAUCUGGACCGUUCGAGAGUCAAGAGCAAAUGAAUGAUGGAAUAUUGAUGAAAUUGGGCCAGAAGGAGUCACCGCACUACAUUCAUCUGUUGCAAGGGAUGGUCGACCGAACCCUCAGAGACCACAAAAUUGUGUUCACCCAUGGAGAUCUUCAACCAAAAAACAUAAUGGUUGAGCGGGAGGGAUUUUGUGAGGAUGGAAGCAGCGACUUUCACAUAACCCUGGUUGAUUGGAAUCUAUCUGGCUGGUACCCUGAAUUUUGGGAUUUCUGCAACUCGACGCUUUAUUGUCAAUUCAAACCUGCUUGGCUUGAGCUCGUCCCGGACAUCUUCGACCAGUACCCGCUGGAAUACCUCAUGAUGCAAGUUGUCUAUGCAUCUGUUUUUUAUUAG